AGGUCGAGCGCUGUCGGCCUGCCCUGGUAGCCGGCGUGAGGCGCCGUCUGCCUGCCGUGAUGCCAGCGUCGACGGCGGCGGCUGCCGGCGCCAGAAGACCGAGGAGCCCGUGCAGAGCCGAUGGCGCCGGGGCCCGCGCCAUUUCAGGCGUCCCGCAGCAUUCGGCCGCCAGGGCCUUCCGGGACGCUCAGGGCAGGCGCCACGACUUCUCGCGAGUCCUGGUGGAAGGGGCGGACUUGAACGACAUGCAUAGGCCCGCCUCGGUGCCCGCGCGGCCGGCGUGCUCUCGCCGCGGCGCUGGCUGGCAGCGCAGGCGGGCCGCGCCAACGGCGGGCGC